AUGUUUUUCUCAUUAUACGAAAUAGAUGCAACUCAUAUUGUCGACGGUAAAUUAAAGUUAAUACUCGGUUUGAUAUGGACACUAAUUUUACAUUAUUCAAUUUCAUUGCCCGUAUGGGAUUUCGAAGCAUUCGGCGGUGCAAUAUCAGUCAAAGAUUUAACACCGAAACAAAAGUUAAUGGGUUGGAUACAAGGAAAGUUACCUACCGAAUUUCAGAUAAAAAACUUUACAUCGGACUGGAAUGAUGGACGAGCAAUCGGUGCCUUACUGAAUUCAUGCGCACCAGGUUUAUAUCCAAAUUGGGCUGAUAGUAAUCAAAUAAAUGCUUUAGUGCAUGUUAAAAAAGCCAUGAUGCUGGCCGAGCAGUAUCUUGGUAUGGCACAAUUAAUUGAACCUCAUGAAUUGAUUGAUCCAAAUGUAGAUGAACAAUCAAUGAUGACAUAUUUAGCACAGUAUCCAAAUGCAAAAUUAAAAGACAGUAUGCCGGCUCUAGCAAAAGCAAAUUCCCCAAAAGUCAAGCAGAAAGAACUACUGAACCCUUCCAAAGUACGAGUGUACGGUCCCGGUGUUCAAUUGGGUGUUAAAGUGCAUAAAUCGACACAUUUUAUAAUCGCUUGUGAAAAUGCUCAAAAGGGUGUUGUAGUAUUAACCGAUACUCACAAUCAAGAUAUCACUUUGGUUAUUGACGAAAUUAAGACUGGUACAUUCAACGUUUCUUAUACACCAGAAGCACCAGGCGCACAUUCUAUUCUAAUUUUUUUGGCUGAUAAUGAAGUCCCAAUCGGUCCAUUUAAAGUUAUUGUUGAACCGAUUCCGACAGAGACACAGAUUACCCAGACUCGAGUUGAAGAAACCAAUAAUAGCAGUAUGUUUUUAUCCAAAAUAAAAAAGGAUGAUACAUUGCAGACGCAACAGAUUAAAGACGUGCCCGAUAAACCAUAUGGCAGUUUUCGUACCCAUGGCAUUGAUGGUCAUAUUUUUUUAACCGCAAUCGACGACGAAGUACUACACGAUAUCAGUGUAUUAAGUGUGCUGCAUCGAAGGCUAUUUGAAAAGGCGAUCAAUGAAUUAAGACACAAACCUUUGAUGACUUCGGCAUCAUCAACAGAUUCAGCGACUUCAGGAUUACCAAAAAAUUUGUCCGUAAUGAAAAAAGAAUUGACGAACGUUUAUUAUAAUCAAUUUCAUGGUGAUUUCACUCCAUUGUUACCUGUUCAUGAACUCACAGAUACAACUACCCAUAAGAAUGUCUCAGUGUGUCAACUAACAAAUCAAAAACAUCGUACUAUCGUCUA